AUGAGAGUCCUGUCAGAGCUGAGGACGGUUGAGUAUAAAACAUGGUCGGUUGGCGUGCUUGGUGCUGCUCUUCCCGCUGUCAACGCUGAGGAGGAAGUCGAUGCUCGCUUCAGUCCUUGGGGCAAGCGUGAUGCUGAGGGUGUUGAUGCUCGAUUCAGCCCCUGGGGUAAGCGUGAUGCUACAGAGGUCGAUGCUCGAUUCAGUCCCUGGGGUAAGAGGGACUCCAAAGAUGUCGAUGCGCGAUUCAGCCCUUGGGGAAAACGAGGUGCCGAUGAGGUUGAUGCUCGUUUCAGCCCUUGGGGUAAAAGGGAGGCCUCCUCAGACGCCGUUGAUGCCCGCUUCAGCCCUUGGGGCAAGAGAGAUGCUGAAGAAGUAGACGCUCGUUUCAGCCCCUGGGGAAAGAGGGAAGCUGAAGCUUCUUCUGAAGAAGUCGAUGCUCGGUUCAGCCCUUGGGGAAAGAGAGAUGCUGAAGAAGCAGAUGCUCGUUUCAGCCCUUGGGGUAAAAGGGAGGCCUCCUCAGACGCCGUUGAUGCCCGCUUCAGCCCUUGGGGAAAGAGAGAUGCUGAAGAAGUAGACGCUCGUUUCAGCCCCUGGGGAAAGAGGGAAGCUGAAGCUUCCUCUGAAGAAGUCGAUGCUCGAUUCAGCCCAUGGGGCAAGCGUUCUGCCGAGGCUGAUUCCGAGAACGUGGACUCUCGCUUCAGUCCUUGGGGGAAACGCUCCGCUGAGGAAGUUGAUGCCCGAUUCAGCCCCUGGGGCAAGAGGACCGCCGAAGCUGAAGCUGAGGAGGUCGAUGCUCGCUUCAGCCCCUGGGGAAAGCGCGAAGUUCAAUUGGACUAA